GUCUGGGAUAGGCUAUGGAAUUACUUUUAUGUCGGAAGGGAGACGACAAAUACUGUACYUUGUUGGAUUGACAACACUGUUGGGCAGGUAGCCUAAAUCAGUUGCAUAUCUAGGCUACAUUCAGUUGAACAUGUUUAGGCAUGUGCGGUUGCGAACACCGUUGUCUGUGGCCGCUGGCCAGUCUGUCAUUUCCGCGACAGUUCAGUAAGCAGUUUCUAAUGUAGCCCAGCCUACAGUUUUUGUAAGGAAGUAGCCCAUAUGAUUCGUUUUCAGCAAACUACACGAAUACUGGAGACUGAUCACUUUCCAGGCUCACUGGCUGUCCGUCAUGAAGAAGCGAGCCAAUAAGGUGUUGGAGCCGGAUGAGCCUCUGUGCUGCUGUGAGUUUGUGGACCGUCAGGGGGAGCGGAGCCAUGUGGCAGCCUGCUGCUGUGACUGUGAGGACCUGGACGAUGCCUGUGACAGAUGGUUGAAAAAAGAGCCCCAGAAGGCCAACUCACUGUCCCAUCUGGUUACUGUGAUGACCGACCGCCUCCGUGUUCCCUGGUUCUGGGGUGGAGCCCGGCGUGUCGACCUAUCGGUGCUCCCCCCGCUGCUCCUACUUCCUGUCCUCCUACACGUCGCAGCCCUUCACUUCCUGUUGGGUAUAGUUGUUCUGACUGCUCUACCGGUCCUGGUUCUAUGGUACUACUACGUCACCCACCGCAAGAAGAGUCGGACCCUGUUCUUCCUCAGCCUGGUCCUGUUCUCCCUGGGCUACAUGUACUACCUCUUCCUCACCGAGAUCUUCCUCAGGGGGGGUGUAGGGCUGACCCAGUUGGGCACAGUGACCCUGGGGGUGGCCCUGACUCUGGCCGCCCUUGUCCACACCAAGAGAGAACCUCGCUAUGUAUGGCCACACCCGGCUGACGUCCACAGCACAGUGACCUAUCACAGCCCUCCACCGGACAGAGACCCCGGCCACAACGGGGUCGGGCAGGAAGUAAUGCUAGCCAAUCGGGGUAGUGGGUCAGAGCAGCAGGGCCAGGGGGUGGAGCAGAUGGAUAGUGGGCGGAGCAGGAACUGGUGCUCUGUGUGCMGGGUUUUGCGGCCCCCCAGGGCGGGACACUGCAGGAUCUGUGACAUCUGUGUCCUGAGGMUGGACCACCACUGUGUCUGGAUAAACAGCUGUGUGGGCCAGUCCAAUCACCGCRGCUUCCUGUUGACACUCCUCCUCUUCCUGUUGACCUCUCUGUAUGGGAUCAGUCUGGUGCUGCGCAGCGUGUGUCCUCAACAGAACCUUGUCACCGCUCUGGUCUACUGCCCUGGCGUCUACAACCAGCACAGUUCAGCGCUGUGUUUCACCUGUGCGUGGUAUAGCUGCAUAGUGACUGGCGGACUACUACACCUGCUGGUCCAGCAGCUCAUCAAUGUCAGCUACAAUGUGACGGAGCGAGAGGCGCGCACCGCUCUCCGAGACAAGACUGCCCACAGUCUCUACUGGGGCCUUGUCGUUGACACAGGAGUCUACUCACAUGGUUUCCGUGGCAACUGGGCAGAGUUCCUGACCAUGGGAGAAGGCCCGGGCACCCCCUGGCCCAGCCUCACUGACCUGGUGUAGCUGACCAUUGGAGAAGGCCCGGAUGUCCCUUGACCCAGCUGACCUUGGGAGAAGGCCCGUGCGAACCCCUGGCCCAGCUAAACUUGGGAGAAGGCCCGGACACCUCCUGGCCCAGCCUCACUGACCUGGUGUGCGUUCAUCAAGGAAAAUAGUUUGCGAACAUUGGCUAAUGUUAGCUAACAUAUUCCAUUUGUUUUAUGUUAGCCACAACCAUUCGCUAACGUUAGCUAACAGUCGGAGAAGGUAGUGUGCGGUGAACGUAAGUGUCGGUUUCAGGUCUUAACUGCCGCUAAAAAGAAUCAAGUGGCCAUGUAGACUUUCUACUAUAUUUAGUAGGAGUAGCUAAGUCAUUUUUAGUUUGAAUACAGUCGCUAAAAAGUCACAGUAAUCCUGACAAAAAGUAGCUGGUUGAAGUUUCACUGUAACAUUUUGGAAUAUCUAUUCAACUCAAAUUGUUACUCUGGCAACAUGUUCACCGCAAACAGAAGCUUUGUUGAACUCUCCUCUGGUGUAGCUGAGCUGCUCAACACCAUAAUGGCAUCGUUGCAUGCUGACCACAUCGCUCGUGCGCAUGUUGAUGUUGUCCACCCACACCAGAUGCGAUCAGGACACGGAGGUUGAAAUAUCAAGUAAUCGCUCCCCCAGUUUUCUUCUCUGGACUUUAUAUGGUGGUUGGCAACCAACUUCAAGGUCCUUUUCCACUACCGCUGGAUCUCAGUUCAUCUUUCAGUCACCCAGUGGAUAUAUGCUCCUAAAAACCAAUGAGGUGGGAUUCAUCAAGCGUCAC